UUAGGUGUUUCAGAGGACUGAGAAAGAGAACAUCACAGUUAUGCAAUGGAUCGUGUUAUGAGGAACUCUUGGAACUGUAUAAGUGAUUCUAAUCUGAAUUUGUAUCAAAAUAACAAAGCACUCUUUGAGAGACAAAAAUGGUAACGUUCAAGACACGAUGACAAGUGAUAAUCUGUUUCAGAACCACCUAGACACGCCACAUGCCUGGGGAUUACGGAGUGAUGGGUGACGAUGGUUCUAUCGAUUACAGCGUUCAUGAGGCCUGGAACGAAGCCACCAACGUUUACUUGGUAGUGAUCCUCGUUAGCUUUGGUCUCUUCAUGUAUGCCAAGAGGAAUAAGAGGAAAAUUAUGAGGAUAUUCAGUGUGCCACCUACAGCAGAAACUUUGUCAGAACCCAACUUUUAUGACACAAUGAGCAAAAUUCGUUUAAGACAGCAACUGGAAAUGUAUUCCAUUUCAAGGAAGUAUGACCAUCAACAGCCACAAAACCAAGCUGACAGUGUGCAGCUCUCACUGGAAUGAAAUCUCAGAAAAUGAACAACAUAAAUAAUUGCUAAACAGUAUUGUAGCAAGCUCCUAAUUCCACCAGGUCAUGAACAGCAUCUUUAAAAAAUCUUCUGUCUCCAUAAGAUAAUUUUUCUUGUGACCUUUAUCCAAAAUUUUUGGUGUGUUUUCUUUUACUUUUUUAAAUUGCAUCUCUGAGUCUUUUGUUACACAAAUAAAAAAUGGCUCAGAAGACCUGAAAACGGGAAGAAAGACUAUAACCAGAGAUGGUGAUUUUUACUUUGUGAACAUCUUUGAUUUCUUCAGGAUGCAAUCAGGAGUGAAAACCCAUCUUUGGAAGGGAGAAUAUGAAACUUAUGCCACUUGGAGCUGAAAUUUUUGCAAAAUAAAACCUGGAAAUCCAGUCAUUGGUAUAAUUUCCUCUCGGAUUGUAUUCUGUGAUAAAUGUAAUAUGGAUAACUGAC